AGCAGCAAGUGCUCUGUGCAAAGAGGCUGUUGCUCUCCCUUGGUGGUGAACAGACGCUCGUGCUGGUGUUCUGUGAAGAAAGCCAAGUCUGGAGAUACAGCUUUUUUACAGGGUGAAAGAUGCUUUGUUCAUUUCUAAAGCAAUAUGCUAGAUAGCUACAAGCUGAAAAGUAUCUGCAAUUUGCCAUUUGUUUGUCAUAAGAAAAUAAAUACAGUUGGAACCAGUAAUGCAGAUGUCCCUUUGGCUGAUCCCGGAAUGUACCAAUUGGAUAUCACAUUAAGAAGGGGUCAAAGCUUAGCUGCUCGUGAUCGAGGAGGGACAAGUGAUCCAUAUGUGAAGUUUAAAAUUGGAAGAAAAGAAGUUUUUAGAAGUAAAACUAUACACAAGAAUCUCAAUCCUGUGUGGGAGGAAAAAGCAUGCAUUCUUAUUGAUCAUCUUAGAGAGCCAUUGUACAUUAAGGUAUUUGACUAUGAUUUUGGACUUCAGGAUGACUUUAUGGGCUCAGCUUUUUUGGACCUUACUCAAUUGGAGUUAAACAGGCCCACGGAUGUGACCCUAACUCUGAAAGAUCCCCAUUAUCCUGACCAUGACCUUGGAAUCAUAUUGCUGUCAGUCGUCCUUACUCCUAAGGAAGGUGAACCCAGGGAUGUGACAAUGCUAAUGAGGAAGAGUUGGAAAAGAUCAAGUAAGGAGCUCUCAGAAAAUGAAGUGUUUGGAUCUUAUUUCUCUGUGAAGUCUUUCUUUUGGAGGACAUGCAGCAGGCCUGCUCUUCCUGUCCUGGGCUUCUACAGAGCAGAGCUUCAGAGCCCCUAUUGUCAAAAUGCACAAUUUCAGACCCAAAGUUUACGUCUAUCAGACCAGCACAGAAAAUCACAUCUGUGGAGAGGAAUAGUCAGCAUCACGUUGAUCGAGGGGCGGGACCUCAAAGCCAUGGAUUCCAAUGGGUUGAGUGAUCCCUAUGUGAAGUUCCGGCUUGGCCAUCAGAAGUACAAGAGCAAGAUUAUGCCAAAAACUUUGAAUCCUCAAUGGAGGGAACAAUUUGAUUUCCAUCUCUAUGAAGAAAGAGGAGGAAUUAUUGACAUCACUGCAUGGGACAAAGACGCUGGGAAAAGGGAUGAUUUUAUUGGCAGGUGCCAGGUUGACCUGUCAUCCCUCAGUCGGGAACAAACACACAAGCUGGAGUUACAGCUGGAAGAGGGUGAGGGCCACCUGGUGCUGCUUGUCACUCUGACAGCCUCAGCCACAGUCAGUAUCUCUGACCUCUCUGUCAACUCCUUGGAGGACCAGAAGGAGCGGGAGGAGAUAUUAAAGCGAUAUAGUCCACUGCGGAUAUUUCACAACCUAAAAGAUGUGGGAUUUCUCCAGGUGAAAGUCAUCAGAGCAGAAGGUUUGAUGGCUGCUGAUGUCACAGGAAAAAGUGAUCCAUUUUGUGUAGUAGAACUGAACAACGACAGGCUACUAACACACACUGUUUACAAAAAUCUCAAUCCUGAAUGGAACAAAGUCUUCACAUUCAAUGUUAAAGAUAUCCAUUCAGUUCUUGAGGUGACAGUGUACGAUGAAGACCGUGAUCGAAGUGCUGACUUUCUGGGCAAAGUUGCUAUACCGUUGCUGUCUAUUCAAAAUGGUGAACAGAAAGCCUACGUCUUGAAAAACAAGCAGCUGACAGGGCCAACAAAGGGGGUCAUCUAUCUUGAAAUAGAUGUGAUUUUUAAUGCUGUGAAAGCCAGCUUACGAACAUUAAUACCCAAAGAACAGAAGUACAUUGAAGAGGAAAACAGACUCUCUAAACAGCUACUACUAAGAAACUUCAUCAGAACGAAACAUUGUGUCAUGGUGCUCGUAAGUGCUGCAUAUUACCUUAACAGUUGCUUUGAGUGGGAGUCACCCCCAAGGAGUCUUGCUGCUUUUGUGCUUUUUCUCUUUGUUGUCUGGAACUUUGAGCUCUACACGAUACCACUGGUUUUGUUGUUGCUAUUGACAUGGAACUACUUCUUGAUAAUAUCAGGGAAAGAUAACAGGCAACGUGACACGGUAGUGGAGGACAUGCUAGAGGACGAGGAAGAAGACGAUGACAAAGAUGACAAGGACAGUGAAAAAAAGGGAUUUAUAAAUAAAAUCUAUGCCAUCCAAGAAGUAUGUGUCAGUGUUCAGAACAUCUUAGACGAAGUGGCUUCUUUUGGCGAAAGGAUCAAGAAUACUUUCAACUGGACUGUGCCAUUCUUAAGCUGGCUGGCCAUUGUAGCCCUCUGUGUGUUCACAGUUAUCCUGUACUUCAUCCCACUGAGAUACAUUGUCCUUGUCUGGGGCAUAAAUAAAUUUACAAAAAAGCUUCGGAGUCCGUAUGCAAUUGAUAACAACGAACUACUUGACUUCCUUUCCAGAGUCCCUUCAGAUGUACAAGUGGUGCAAUACCAAGAACUGAAACCAGAUCCUUCUCACAGCCCAUAUAAAAGGAAGAAAAACAAUCUUGGCUAGCCAGCUCCCAGCACUGAGGAGACCAGCAUCUGUUUGGGAAGAUAAAAGAAAAAGCCUUCAGCCUCAGCAGCAUUUCCUUUCUUUCUGCUUUUUAUUUAUUUUGCCUUUUUAUCAUGAUCGAGAGAAUCUGUAAAUAGUGUACAAAAGGCAUACGUCUUUGAAAAUAUACUUCUAUUGUACAGACUCAACUUGAUAAAGGUCUUUAGCUAGUGCUUUGUGGAAGCCUAGUUAGCUAUGGAUAAUAAUAUAACACACUGAAAGAACAAAAAUAAGGGUUAUAAAACUGGAAGAUACACAUUUCUGUAAUUACAACUAAAAGAAACAGAAUAUCAGAUUAAAUGCUCAAUUACACUAAUUGACCCUACAUAAAAUGUUUAUUUGAUUUUAAGGAUUUUAUUUAAUUGUGACUAUUUUUUAACUGAAAAGUAAUCCAUUAGUUUUCUAUGUUUAUACAUUUCAAAAGAGGAAAACCCCAAAGCCCGAAUAAUGGAAAGGAUACUCUCAAUUUAACAUAGAUCGACUUUCACUCCUGUGCAAAUUAUGUAAGUAUGGCUAGGCUGAUUUUAAGCUGAGUACAAGUGCAUCUAUCCCCACUCCCCAACCCCCUUAAGUGAACCUGAGAUUAUAUAAAGAAAAACUAUAGGCCUUCUAUCAUUCCAUCUAAAAACCUUAAAUCUCUCCAGUACUAUAUAAAAUAAAUACUGCCAGGUUUAUACAUGAUUGCCUAUCAGAAUUUUUAUAUCUACCACUAUUUAAUUUAUACUGAGUUAGCAAAUUAGCAACCCAAUUCAGUUGUCACAAAUACUAGUAAACUAAAUCCAUACUGCAUUUCGUGUUAAAUUAUACCUUUGUGCAUCUAAGAAAUAUUUAAUAUUGAAGUGUUCUCACAGGAAAAAAACAAAGGAUCUGCUUUUGCAUUGGAUUGCUGACAUGAUUUAAUGCAUAUGAAUUUUGUUUUAGUGUGUUUUAAUGUAGAGGAGAAUAUAGUGAUGUAGUGUGCUGAUAGGCCAGUGUUUCAUUACAUUCAUUUAUGAAAAAAAUCAUUCUUGAUAAUAAAUGCAUGAAAACCUGUUUUGUAAAAUAAACUGCUUAUAGAGAGGGGGUUAUCUUUAACAAUGUUUCCCUAACCAUAGAAUCUAUACUUAAAAACAGCAUUCCCAAGACUUACUGUAGCUUUUGUACCUAACUCCAGGGUCUAUCAAGGGAGCGUACCUCUGGAGAAAUAAUCAGUGAGAAUGUCAUCACUGACUUGUUAGGGAACUCAAAUGCAGUUGAAAUCGCUGCAAUGUUUUGCAUUACUUUGUUAAUAACAAACUAGGAUAGGGUGAAGGUGGGGGUGGUGUUGGAAAAUGCAGAGAAGCAGAAAGAUAUAUAUAUAUAUAUACAUAUAUAUUUCACUCUAAAGAUUCUUUAAGUCUCAUCAAAGCUGAUUUUUAAAGUAUUUUUAUUUUAGAAAUAUGUUGUUAAAUAAUAUUUCUUAUAAUAGAACUAUUUUGAUGUUUCUACACUAUGCUUGAAAGAAUGUCAAUUAAAUUCCCUUUCUACAGAAAGGCUUUGACCUCAAUAUGCUCUAUUUAGUGCACCAUGUUUAAAAUGACAUGCUUACAUCUGCAUUCCAUCACUGUUCGUUGCAGAAACAUACUACUUCAUGAAGCUGAUGAUACUACAGAAAGUUUAUUGAUGAAAUCAUUUGUUUGGAGUAAAUUCUGAUUGUACCUUGUGUGAGACUUAUGUCUUUGCUGACAGUGUCUACUCUGAUGUCUAUAAGCCUGAUAUUCUAUAACCACAGAUGUACCUAGUGGACAGUAAUCAUUAACAGAUGACUAAUUUCUGUGUUUCAUUGUAUCAGAUUUCAGGUGUUUAGCUCAAUGGUAAUGUUGACUACAUAUUCACUGCAUUAAAUAUAAAAGACACAA